CGAUUACAAUUCUUCUGGAAAGUAGAUUUUUUCAACAGAAUUCAGUUAUAAGAUUUUUAAAGCCUCUUAGUUUUAUACGUUUAUUUCGAAAUCUCAAUAUGAGUGAAAAAUCCUACAUCGUACAAUUGAAAGAAACCACCGAUGUUAACAAGGUAAAAGCUGAUUUGGAAGCAUCGGGUGCUAAAGUUGGUCAUGUCUAUGAUACGGUAUUUAAAGGAUUUAGUGUUACUCUUCCUGAGAAUGCUGUAAGUUCUCUAGAUGCUCAUCCUGAAGUUCAACAUUAUGAAGCCGAUAAGGAAAUGCAUACCAUGAAGAAGGAUUAAGAACUUGAACCGUCUCUUUCUUUUUAGAAGAGUUUCAGACUUCUUCAGUCAUAGUAUUAUGUGAUUUAAGAUAUCUUUCUCAUGAAAUAUAAUGACACAUUAGGAUGGCUGUAUACUCAAUACAUCCUUCUUUUGCUAAUGAGAUUCUGAUGAAUUUAAUUUUAGAGGUGAGAAGAUUCGUAA